UUCGCGAAGGGUUCCUUGGGGUCCCAGGGGCCGAGUGGCACGGGGGUUAAUUAAGCCUCAAUUAUCCGUAACUUUUGAAUGGUAUCAUAAAAAUAGGGCCUUUUUACGAACGCAACGGGUCUAUAUUAUUAUUAUUGUUCCAAACAGCUUGUAAUUAUAGUGAUUGGCGUUGAUGAAGAGCGCGGAAACUCAUUCAACCAAUCAGCGCUUCGAUUUCUUGUUCCGCCCCUGUACUGUAAAAUUUCACCUCAUAAAUAUUUCGAUAGCGCGCACUGCGCUCAGCUGGCAGCUUGGCACCUGUUUAGCAUUGGCAUUGUCAAGCAGAUUUUGCCAGAUUCAGCGACAGCACAGGAAAGGAGCACAACAUUGUGCUACUUUUAGCUAUGUCCGAAGACGCCACAGUGGACAUCGAGUUGAGCGACGAGGAUGGAGCAGACGAGUUUUUCUUUGAGUCAGACUACACUGCACUUAAGGGCAAUCAGGACUACAGAAAACUUUUACGCUCUGUCCUCAUCCUGCAGGUACAACGGGAACAGGCCAUCAAGGCUGUGGAGCAACUGUACGAAGCUAAGAAGAAGGCCUUGGCUAACCCAAAGGAAUUUAUAGACAAACUGGCCAAGGGUGAGGACCUUGGCAUUCCACCCGUGAUAAAACUAGAGCCGCUGCCGGAAAUAGACUGGUCGCAAUACCAAGAAUUCAUGCCUGAGUCCAAUAGACCCAUCACCAGAAAGAAGGUGGAGGAAGCCAUUGUGACCAAAACCGAGAGCAAGGGUGGCGAGGAGAAUAGUUCAGUUAGGAUCCGAGGCAAGGUGUUUAACGACGAGAAACCGGAGACGUUUAACCAGUUAUGGACGGCCGCGGAACAGAAGAGACUCGAAGAGCUGCUGGAUGAAUUUGGCCCUGAGACGGUUGAGUCACGACGCUGGGAGAAAAUCGCCAGAGCACUAGGCAAUAGAACGAUGAUGCAAGUGCAGAGCCGCGUGCAGAAGUACUUUAAAAAGCUGCACCAGAUGAACUUACCUGUGCCUGGAAGGUUGCCCAGGAUGCGCUCGAGCAUAACGAAAAAGCCGCACAAGCACCAGAGGCUAAACCACUUUUACCAGAAGCCAUCUACUUUCUUCCCUGAACUGGACCCUCCCGUUCUAAUGAAUGAAGAUGAUCUCAACUCCCUUAAUAGCAGUUCUCAAGGCUAUCCGGAAUCUCUUGAUGAUGCGACCUGCUCGCGGGGAACUUCAAACCAGGCUGACCUGCUGGUCAUGGUCAUUAAGGACAAGGAAUCUAGCAUCUCUGGUCUCCAUGAAGGCUUCUCGUGUGAUGGUUGCUCGGAGGAUCCAAUUAAAGGAACGCGGUGGCACUGCGAGGACUGCGCGCUGGAGAGCCUCUCCUUUGACCUGUGCACUGACUGCCUAACCGCGCAACUUAUGGGUGAGCUGCAGCUGAUGGCCACCUCGCGGCACACAAACGCGCACCGAAUUUGUCCUGUACGCAAGGAAUGCGCUUCCUCCUCCACCUGGGACCCUGACUACCUGACACCUACCACUGCCUCCUACAACUACCUUGACCCUAAUUUCAGACCGGACUAGAUUUCUUUGCGCACAAUUAGGGCUACCCAACAAAUGACUUUUAAGUCAUGAUGAUGAGGAGAAAAUCAAACACAGUUGCCAGAGGAUAUUUUUAUAGAAUGUCUGGUCUAAUAAAAUACAUUAAUUUUGA